AUGGUUAACAGGGCUGACCUGCAGGCGUUCCACAAGAUCCCAACGUUCGACUCACUGCAUCCUGACACCCCGCUCCGCAUUGCCUGCCUUGCCUUCAUGGACGACACGGACUGGAUAGCACCGUCUAAGGCUAAGCUACAAGAGAUCACAAACAAAGCGAUGAGUUUCUUUCAAUUACAUGGUAUUGAGAUUAACCCAAAAAAAUCAGAACUAAUCGUGGUCAAUUCUACCUCUGCUGAUUCCUCUAUUAGACUCGGUGCGGAUACGGUGACCGCUCUACCUCCUGGCACUGCUGCCAGGGUCCUGGGUGUGUGGUUCUCUGCUGACGGAAAGGGAGCCCAUACACGCCGGCUAGUGAAGGAGGAGGUGUCAACGAUGUGUCAGAUACUCUCGCGGAAGGCUAUCACCGACAAGCAGUGCAUUUACAUCUUCAAUAAUGUUCUACUGCCACGGAUACUUUACCGGUUGUCAGUGACAAUCCUUAGCCCUCGCGAGACAAAGACCAUUGUCAGCCAGUACACCAACGUCGUUCGCCAGAAGGUGGGGCUGCCCCUCGGCUCGCCGGCCAGCAUCCUGUUCCAUCGUCGACUGUACGGUCUCCGAGACCUUGAAGAUGCCAUGAUCGAGGAGCAAGUUUCAACUGCACAUCUGCGGCUAAACGACCAGGAGCUGCUGGGCAUGGUGAUGGCGUCUCGAGCAACAGCCCAUCAAGCAGAGUGCCGCCUUACGAUAUCCCCCUUUGACGUACCAACCAUUGGAGCUCAAUUCCUUCGCAACAAUUUCUUCGGACACGUUUGCCGCCUCAUGGUCGAGAGGGGUAUCACCUUCCAGUCGCCAGGGAUCCCUGUCAACGUUUCUCGAUACAUCGGCCUCCUUAUGCCCCCAGGCGGAUACCCAAAAAUCGCCCACCGACUCUUUGUGGACGGAGUUGUCACUCUGGAUGAUGUGUCGACAGACGAUGGCCAAUCUCUGGCUCCAUGGCAGGAUAUCCGAGCACAGUACAAUUUGAAAGGUCCUGUCCGCCGUUGGUUCAAGGAACUGGUGAAAGUCGUCACCUUGUCUAUGCCAGCUGCUGCCUCCGUCGACGCCCCGGCGUCUUCCCUUAUCGUCGAGGAGGGCCAUUCUAUUACGCCUGCAAGUCCAGAGGUGUUGUACGAAGACGGCGACUCCUCCGAGGAAGAGCCAUUGAUCAAUCGGGCCAUCGAACGCCGACGAGGGCAACAAAGAGGCGUGGAGAUCGUUUCUCCAGCUCGUGCCUUUGCGUUUAACAGAACCACCGCAACGACAGUACUAGACCUUGUCCUUUCGCAGGUCGUCGUUCCUGCUCCAGUCUCGAGUCCCGUCUCAUCGCCGGCUCUUUCGCCUGUCACUGUUCCAACUCCAGUUUUGAGUCCCGGCCCUUCUCUGACAGGUACUCCACCACCCAACACUCCUAACACUCCAACAUGUCCCCCUACUCCAACAUUCUCCCCCACUCCAGCAACUCUCACCACCCCCACUCCAGCAACUCUCACCACCCCCUCACCUCUCCCGCCUGAUACAACCGAUCUUGUCUUUGAGCGAGCAGUCGACACACUGGACGACGCUUGCAGAGAGCGUCUCCUCCGUCCCGCGGCCGAAUACGAUGCCGAGAUCCUUCGCAUCAACAGCGACACCAGGAAAAAACAGUCGGCAGACAACACAAAGUAUGAUGGACUCAGAAGCCGAUACCGGAGUCAACUUGCCAGGAAACCACAAGAACUGGCUGCCAUUCUUUUGAUGACCAAUACUCAGGCCGACAACGCAGCCGCCCGCAUCAAGUCAAUUUCUAGUCGUCGCAAGACCGUCGCCCUUGGGAUACGUCGCCGGGCCACCGAGGCCGUCAACGAAUACCGUGCUCAUCGCCUUGUCUCUCUUCGCUCGGAUUUGGAGAUCAGGCAGACCAGGAAAGCAGAGGACUAUCGAUUGAGGGUGCAACAGCUGGAAUCCUCCCAAGCCAGGAAACUGCAACAGCAGAAAGAAACAGAGGCACUCCAUCAACAACACCAAGCCAGGAGACUGCAGCAGAAAGAGGAAAAGGAAGCACUCCGUCAACAACACCAAGCCAGGAGACUGCAGCAGAAAAAGGACAAGGAAGCACUCCGUCAACAACACCGCUUGGUCGUCGCUCGCCUAAAAGAGAUCCUAUCCAGCCUCAAGGAAACGAAACCACGAUACAGACCAGCCUUUGACACAGAUGCUAGCUUUCCUUUGCAAGAACGCCAUCAAGUCCAACCACCGCCUGUACCAGGACCCCCGACCACACAGAUCGGCCCCCUUUGCCUGUCUCCAGUAGAGGCGGCGUCCAUGCGCGUAGUUCAGGACACACACGUCGACAACUCCACCCCUCGCGUCCUGUACUCUGACGGAUCUCUUCUGAACUCGGGAACGCUAGAAGUAUCCCAGGCCUUUGGAGUGGUGGAUCUCACUCAGGACAACCCUCUGACAGUACAAGGACGAACGGACGGUCACGCAUCCUCGGCUAAGGCCGAGCUCAUGGGCUUAUUAGCCGCAGUCCUGUCAGCACCACCGGAACAGGACAUUGUGGUCAAGCUGGACAAUCAGUCAGUGGUGGAUCAGUAUAGUCGCCUGGUGAAGAAUCGUCGGGACACCUUACCGAGGAAGCGAUUCAGGAGUACAUAUGCGGGUAUCUGGGCGGUGCUUUGUCAGGUUGUGGAAUCUCGGCCAGGCGGGGUUGAGGUGGUGUGGAUCAAAGGUCACAGCAACAUCCACGGAAACGAACUUGCGGAUCAGGCGGCGAAGGUGGCAGCACAGAGUGGUUCAGUGCCCUGGAUGGUGGAUCUCACUCAACAGACGGAUAUCACGACCUUUGCACAUUGUUACGGCGGGAUUGUUGAAAUCGAUCUACGUCAGCUCCUCAAACAACAAUCGACAAUCCGUCACCAUCAGGCCUGGACGUCACAGAGGCGGGUCAAGAGGGCGAUCCCUGACAUCGAGGACGUGGAAUGGAACUCGACCUUGGCUUAUGUCCACGACAGGCACGCAGUCUUCACCUUUUACAGCAACAGCAAGGACUCCCAUCAAAGAACACAUCACAUCAAAAAGCUGCAUGGAAUGCUGCCCACUCUGAACUCCAUGCAGGCUCGCAAGCCCAACCUGUACCCAACAUGCGUGUGCCGACGAUGCGAGCUCGAGAAGGAGGAUAACGAUCACGUCUGGAAAUGCCCUUCGGCAGCUGAGACCACCACUGAGAUCUGGAAGGAGGCCAUGGGCAAGAUUAAUGAGUGGGGUGUGCAGGCGACAAACAGCUACAACGCAGCCAGGAAGCGGGAAUACAAACGCGCGGUGGACAGAGGUCGUCAGGUACCGAGGCCAGUACCCAUACACUGGUGGCCCCCUUCGGAUGCAGAUCAUGUACGAGGAUUUUCCUCCAUCGGUGGAGCUCGAGCCGUGCACAGCGGUAGUCCAGCUCUCGAUCGAGACGAGAAACCGAUGUGGAAUGUGUCGGAUCUCCUCCGCGGCAUCACCCCCUUGAGCAUGUUGACUGAAUGGUCCGCGGUCUUCCGGACCCCAAUGUCCAUCGCCAAGACAGUCCUUCACAAGUUUGUUGGCUACCUGGAGGCGCAGGCCUCGGAGCUGAUCUGGAAACCUCGGUGCUCCGCGACGAUCGCGUGGGAGCAGACCCAGGGCAUCUCUGCCAAGGACAAGACAUCCAAGUACACAGGCCCCCGAGGUGACUGGAGUCAAGGAUACGGUUACAUCACGCAUGAUGGUUUCUCAGCGACAAUUGUUGCGCAGAGCCAGGUUCUGGACCGGACUGCGACUGGUGGAUGGUGCACUGAAGAGUUUGGUCUUCACGGUCUUCCCGUGGAAUACCAAGCCAGGAGACUGCAGCAGAAUGAGGAAAAGGAAGCACUCCGUCAACAACACCAAGCCAGGAGACUGCAGCAGAAAAAAGAAAAGGAAGCACUCCGUCAACAACACCAAGCCAGGAGACUGCAGCAGAAAAAGGAAAAGGAAGCACUCCGUCAACAACACCGCUUGGUCGUCGCUCGCCUAAAAGAGAUCCUAUCCAGCCUCAAGGAAACGAAACCACGAUACAGACCAGCCUUUGACACAGAUGCUAGCUUUCCUUUGCAAGAACGCCAUCAAGUCCAACCACCGCCUGUACCAGGACCCCCGACCACACAGAUCGGCCCACUUUGCCUGUCUCCAGGAGAGGCGGCGUCAAUGCGCGUAAUUCAGGACACACACGUCGACAACUCUACCCCUCGCGUCCUGUACUCUGACGGAUCUCUUCUGAACUCGGGAACGCUAGAAGUAUCCCAGGCCUUUGGAGUGGUGGAUCUCACUCAGGACAACCCUCUGACAGUACAAGGACGAACGGACGGUCACGCAUCCUCGGCUAAGGCCGAGCUCAUGGGCUUAUUAGCCGCAGUCUUGUCAGCACCACCGGAACAGGACAUUGUGGUCAAGCUGGACAAUCAGUCAGUGGUGGAACAGUAUAGUCGCCUGGUGAAGAAUCGUCGGGACACUUUACCGAGGAAGCGAUUCAGGAGUACAUAUGCGGGUAUCUGGGCGGUGCUUUGGCAGGCUGUGGAAUCUCGGCCAGGCAGGGUCGAAGUGGUGUGGAUCAAAGGUCACAGCAACAUCCACGGAAACGAACUUGCGGAUCAGGCGGCGAAGGUGGCAGCACAGAGUGGUUCAGUGCCCUGGAUGGUGGAUCUCACUCAACAGACGGAUAUCACGACCUUUGCACAUUGUUACGGCGGGAUUGUUGAAAUCGAUCUACGUCAGCUCCUCAAACAACAAUCGACAAUCCGUCACCAUCAGGCCUGGACGUCACAGAGGCGGGUCAAGAGGGCGAUCCCUGACAUCGAUGACGUGGAAUGGAACUCGACCUUGGCUUAUGUCCACGACAGGCACGCAGUCUUCACCUUUUACAGCAACAGUAAGGACUCUCACCAACGCACACAUCAUAUCAAAAAGCUGCAUGGAAUGCUGCCCACUCUGAACUCCAUGCAGGCUCGCAAGCCCAACCUGUACCCAACAUGCGUGUGCCGACGAUGCGAACUCGAGGAGGAUAACGAUCACGUCUGGAAAUGCCCUUCGGCAUCUGAGAUCACCACUGAGAUCUGGAAGGAGGCCAUGGGCAAGAUUAAUGAGUGGGGUGUGCAGGCGACAAACAGCUACAACGCAGCCAGGAAGCGAGAAUACAAACGCGCGGUGGACAGAGGUCGUCAGGUACCGAGGCCAGUACCCAUACACUGGUGGCCCCCUUCGGAUGCAGAUCAUGUACGAGGAUUUUCCCCCAUCGGUGGAGCUCGAGCCGUGCACAGCGGUAGUCCAGCUCUCGAUCGAGACGAGAAACCGAUGUGGAAUGUGUCGGAUCUCCUCCGCGGCACCACCCCCUUGAGCAUGUUGACUGAAUGGUCCGCGGUCUUCCGGACCCCAAUGUUCAUCGCCAAGACAGUCCUUCACAAGUUUGUUGGCUACCUGGAGGCGCAGGCCUCGGAGCUGAUCUGGAAACCUCGGUGCUCCGCGACGAUCGCGUGGGAGCAGACCCAGGGUAUCUCUGCCAAGAACAAGACAUCCAAGUACACAGGCCCCGAGGUGACUGGAGGCAAGGAUACGGUUACAUCACCCACGAUGGUUUCUGCCCGUGUGGCGCUUUGUUAG